GUGGGUGUCUCGGUGGGACAGGAACAGUUUCUGCAUCAUCUCCAUUUCCCCACUGCCCAGUCCAGAGUAAGCCUGGGGGAGCAUUUCCUCUCCCAGGAGCCCCUUGAGGACACACUACAGAUGCAGGAAGACGCUGGACAAGGACGGCCCAGCUGAAAGGAGGCGUCCAGGAGAGACCAUGGCUGUAGCCCUGGAAGCCCGGGCACAGGCCUCCCCGCUACCAGAGCCUGAAGAACUCUUGAUUGUCAAGCUGGAGGAGGACUCGUGGAGACCACCAGACUCCCAACCCCGGGAGAAGGACCAUGACCCUGUCCCUGGCCCUGAGGCCUCCCGCCAGCGCUUCAGGCAGUUCCGGUACAGGGAUGCGGCGGGACCCCACGAGGCCUUCAGCCAGCUGUGGGCACUCUGCUGUCACUGGCUGAGGCCGGAGAUCCGCCUCAAAGAGCAGAUACUGGAGUUGCUGGUGCUGGAGCAGUUCCUGACUAUCUUACCCAGGGAGGUCCAGGCCUGGGUACAGGCGCGCCACCCUGAGAGCGGCGAGGAGGCGGUGGCCCUGGUGGAGGAUUGGCACCGAGAGGCGCGGGCCGCGGGACAGCAGGAACUGGAACUGCAUGCAGAAGAGACCAGGUCCUUAAAGACAAUGAAGGAAUCUCAGAGCUUCCAGCUGUGGCCAGCAGAUCACUGGCCCGAGGGACAGUCCCAGAAGCAGUGGGUGAAGAAUCCAUGUCCUGACCUUCCCAAGCAUCUAGACACCAAGAUGGCACCACAGCCCUUGAAAGAGAGUGCUGUCCUCACUCCCCGAGUCCCUACUCUACCAAAGAUGGGGAGCGUUGGAGAUUGGGAGGUGACAGUGGAGUCCCAGGAAGCCCUGGGUCCCGGCAGACACGCUGAGAAGGAGUUCUGCAAGGAUCCCCCAGGAGACAGCUGUGGGAACGGCCUGCCCCUGGGAGUUCCAGUUUCAAAACCAACCAUCAUCUCCCAGCAAGAGCAAGGACCAGAAUCUUGGGGUCCAAGACUUGUAAAUCCUGGACAAAAGAACCCUGCAGAUUAUAGCUGGGAUACUGAGCAAACAAAACCAGCUCAGGCAUUGGCCUGGAGGGAUUCCAAGGCCUGGGAAGAACGAUAUCAGUGGGACGUGGAGGAUGUGAAAGUAUCAGGUGUGCACUGGAGCUAUGAGGAGACUAAGACUUUCCUGGCAAUUUUGAGUGAGUCUCCUUUUUCUGAAAAACUCCGGACUUGUCACCAGAACCGCCAGGUGUACCGGGCCAUUGCAGAGCGGCUGAGGGCACAGGGCUUCCUGCGGACCCUGGAGCAGUGUCGCUACAGAGUCAAAAACCUCCUACGGAAUUACCGGAAAGCCAAGAGCAGCCACCCGCCGGGGACCUGCCCCUUCUAUGAGGAGCUAGAGGCCCUGGUGAGGGCUCGGACGGCCAUCAGAGCCUCAGAUGGCCCAGGAGAGGCUGUGGCUCUCCCCAGGCUUGGGGACAGUGACAUGGAGGUGGAUGAGCAGGAGGAAGGGGGCUGGGAGCCUGAGGAAACAACGGACGACUGUAAUGGUGAUGACAGUCACCUGGCCACUGAAGAGUUCGUCCACGGACCCAGGAUUCCAGGGGGCCCAGCUCUGCUCCAGAGUCGUAUUGCAGGUGUGCACUGGGGCUACGAGGAGACCAAGGCCUUCCUGACCAUUCUCAGUGAGUCCCCAUUCUCUGAGAAGCUUCGCACUUGUCACCAGAACAGCCAGGUGUACCGGGCCAUUGCAGAGCGGCUGUGUGCACAGGGCUUCCUGCGGACCCUGGAACAGUGUCGCUACAGAUUCAAAAACCUCCUUCGAAGCUACCGAAAAGCCAAGAGCAGCCACCCACCUGGGACCUGCCCCUUCUAUGAGGAGCUGGACUUGCUGAUGAGGGCUCGGACUGCGGUUAGAGACAUGGGGACCAGCAAGGAGGCAGUGGGUCUUCCUACUUCUGGGGAGAGUGGUACCCAGGUUGUCAACCAGGAGGCCUGGGAUGAAAUGGCAGGUGAAGAUGCCGUCAGACCUCCAACCCCAGGUCCUAAAACCCCAGACACUGGUUUUGAGAUGAGGCAUGAGGAUGAAGACCAGAUUUCAGAGCAGGACAUUUUUGAAGAUUUUCCUGGAGCCUUAUCAAAGUGUACUGCAGAGGAUGAUUGCUACUCUCAUGAUUGGGGGGAAGAUAGUGAAAAUGAAAAUGAAGGUAAAGGGCAGUGGGGAAAUCCAUCCCAGUAUCAGUGGGAAGAAUGUUCUUCUGAAGAGGACUUAGAAAAACUCAUCGAUCAUCAAGGCCUGUACCUUGCAGAGAAACCCUUCAAGUGUGACACAUGUGUGAAAAGGUUCAGCCGGAAUUCGCAGUUAAUCGCCCACCAGCGGAUACACACAGGUGAGAGGCCCUACAGAUGCCUUGAAUGUGGGAAAAGCUUUAGUGACCGCUCCAACUUCAAUACCCAUCAGAGAAUCCACACUGGAGAGAAGCCCUACAAAUGCCUUGAAUGUGAGAAAAGCUUUAGUGACCACUCCAAUCUCAUCACCCACCAGAGAACGCACACGAGGGUAAAGCCCUAUAAAUGUGGGGAAUGUUGGGAAAGCUUCGCCCAGAGCUCAAACCUUCUGAAACAUCAGAGAAUCCACUUGGGAGGAAAUCCUGAUCACUGUGGUGAGCCUGGGAAAAACUCUGGCCAGAGCCCAUCCUUUAGUGCUCACUGGAGGAACUCAACAGAGGAGACAUCUCGAGAACAAACUCAAAGUGCCAGUAAGAACUUGAAUUCUCCUGGACUGCAAAGCACCAACUCAGGGGAUAAACUUUAUCAGUGUUCCGAAUGUGGAAGAAGCUUCUCCAAGAGUUCUGCCCUCAUCAGUCACCAAAGAAUCCACACCGGAGAGAAACCAUAUGGAUGUGCCGAAUGUGGGAAAAGCUUCAGUAAGAGCUCCACGCUGGCCAACCACCAGCGAACCCACACUGGGGAGAAGCCGUAUGAGUGCGCAGACUGUGGGAAAUGCUUCGGGGAGCGUUCCAAGCUUAUCACACACCAGAGGGUGCACACAGGAGAGAAGCCCUACAGAUGCCUCGAGUGUGGGAAGUUCUUCCGUGACCGUUCCAACCUCAUUACCCACCAGAGAAUCCACACAGGAGAGAAGCCUUAUAAGUGUAGAGAGUGUGGGAAAUGCUUUAACCAGAGCUCCAGUCUUAUUAUUCACCAGAGAAUCCACACCGGGGAGAAACCCUACAAGUGUACGGAGUGCGGCAAAGAUUUCAACAACAGCUCCCACUUCAGUGCCCACAGGAGAACCCAUGCAGGAGGGAAGGCGUCAUAGGAGACAAAAGAGAAAAACAUAUAUUUAAAUCUCCCAAGAUCCUAAGACGUAUGCUAGAAAGAAACUGUCCCAAUUUUUAAGAUUAGUGUGUACCUGGGGAACUUACCUUGGUACAGUCCAGGUAAUUCGGAAGUGAAUUACAAAUGCUAAGGAUCCAGAUUUGAAGGCACUUUUCUUAAGUGUAAUGUGUUUUUUCUCCUGCAAAAAACCCCACACAAUCCUCAGGCUGCCCUUAUAUUUGCUGUCGUGUAAGAGCUUUAUCAGUGUUUGAGCCAGACUGGUAACUGAGGGGAUUAGAGGUAAAUCAGUGAUGCUGAGCAGUGAUUCUAGACCUUGCUGUGCCUUCACACCGUCCACAUGUACACAUGCCCCAUCGGUGUACGUUGGCAAAUUCUCAUACAUGGCCAUUUUCCGUCGGGGCGUAACCUCCUGGGAGAACUUUGAGACUCUCCAGUGAUGGGGGCAUAAUUGAGAAUCAGUGGCCUAGAGCAGGCCACCAUGAGCUUAUCAAAGGGUAGAAACAACAGUGACAUCAUUACUUGGUCAUUAUUAAUAAUAGCAAAAGUAGCCAGCAUCUGUCGAGCUCUUCAGCAGGCUCUGUGCUAAGCACUUUGUAUACAUCAUCUCAUUUACUCCUCCCAGCAGCCCCAGGAGGUACUAAUAUUUUCCCCAUUUCCCAGAAGAGAGAAGUGACUUGCUUGGGUCACACAUAUGAAAAUGGCAGAGGCAGGAUUCAACCAGCUCUGUCUCUAGGGCCUGAGGUGCUCUCACCGCUUCACUGAAUCCCCUUUCACAUUGGGGCAGGUAACGCAGGUGCCAAAGCACUUUGUAGACCACAUUUUCUGUUAAAAUUCCCUAUGAAUUCUGUUUUUAACAAAUAUGGACAUUGAGAAGCCCCAAAGAUUGAAGGACUGGGGAUGUUCACAGUUGGCAAUGUGCUUUGAGCAAGGCUGAGCUCUCAUCAAAGCACUUGAUGUGAAUUUCCAUCUUCACAAUAAUAUGGGUGAGAGACAGAGGUGAGUUGAGAUUGGGAACAAUAAUGUAGCCAAAGUGAUGUUUCUUCCAAUGAGAUACAGUUUUGGCUAAGGAAAUGGGGUUUUUAAGAAUUUCCCUUUUUCUCAGGGGGUCAGCCCUGCGUCUUGUUAGACUUGGCUGGAUCAUAGGUUGAACCUUAAGAAACCUGGGCUCGCUGGCCAGUGCUCACUCACCCUGGUGUGUUGGCCCCCUGGCCCUUUCCCUCCAUGCACAGCAGAAGCUUUGCGCCAAGGCUGAGGCAGAAGGGGGGUGGAAGGAGCGGUGUGUGUGGAGUGCCGCGGAGGGGGCUUUGAAGGCUAUUGCUUAGUCCAGGUUCAUGGUGCACUCUUACUCUGAGCCAUCUCGGCCCAGACCUACCCAGUGCUGUCUAAAUGUUGGCCGUAAAGACCUGCCUCCAGCUCCAACAGGCUCAAUCAGAAAGGUUCACACAGGAUGGUUUCCUAGUUCGCAGCGCUUUGGCCUCCAGGAUUUCUCCUCAGGAGGGUUAAACAAUGUUGGCCAAGGACUAUGGUUUCCAAAGGAUUUUAAAGGAGCAUCCCUCUCCUGACACGCGCCUAUGAUACUGGGAAUGCCGUUCAUACCCUGGCUCGUUCAUCAACUUGGGAAGUACUAUUAGAUAGUAGAUGUGAGGGAACCUUGAAGAGUGGAACUCUCUGCAUGUGAAGCACUCAGUGGGGAGAUUGGCACUCCCACCGACGCUUAUCACUCCUUAGUCCCUUCCUCGGCUUCCCAGAACCUGCUUACCUCGGAUCACUGCCUGUCACCCCCUUCCCAGUUUACCUCUCCUGGCUCACCUUAUCUCUGAGGAGCAGGGCCCGUGAGUGAGCCCUGGCUAUGAACCACCAGGUGUCAGUAAUUGCAACAGUAGGAUGGUGGGUAGGGGACCACCUGAGCCAAGAGGAAGGAUCCUGGAGGAAGGGAAGGGAGGUCCAGGGAAAGACCAAGUGGUGUGAAAUAGCAUGGCUUCAGGGUGGGGCUGGGACCAUAACUUCUUGGCUCUAUUGGGGUGUAAACGGGAGGUGAGGAGUGUUAGGAGCUCAGAUUGGAAGGGUGCGGGGGUGGGUCAUGGAGGACCUCGUGGCUGCCGAGGGAGACAUGGUCAGAUGCGCGUUGUUGAAACCUAAUAGCUCAACGGAACCUGGCUAUGCUGCAGUUAGGACAGCCUGUUGGGACACUGUUGCAAUAUUCCAGUUAAACGUGAGGGUCUGAACUAGAGCAGGGGUAAUGUUGAAGAGGAGGGGAUGAUUUGAGAGGUUCCGCAGGCAGAAUUGAGGACAGCAGAGGAAAGCCAGGAUGGCUGGGUGGCUGGUGGAGCCUGCCGUCAUUCAGAACUGGGAUCACAGGAGGAGGUGCAGAUAGGGCAGGAGGGCAGAAGAGCAGAAGUUUAAUUUAGGGCAUUUUGGUUAGGGACAUCCAACAGGCGAUACGAUACGCAGCAGGCAUUUGGAUAUCUGGGCCUGAAGCUGGGGGGAGGUUAGGACUAGAGAGUUAUCUGUAUGCUUGGGAGUUACCUUCAUGUUCAAGUCAUAGAAAGGCUGGGCCCGGGACAGAACUGGAGAAGCACCACGUGUAGAGGAAGAUGCCCCUCAGAGGAGAUCUAGACUACCCCCCAGUCCCACCACCUCCUGUGCACUCCAGCCAACUUUCGGACACUGCCUCAAUCGCUGCUGACACCGGAAUUCUCAAUGUAGUUCUGAAUUUCCUGGAACCUUCCCUGUAGAAGCCAAGCUGAGCUCUGUGUAAAAGUGAGAUAAUGGCUCUCUCCCCUCCCAAGCAUCACCUGUUCCCCUGCUCUUGGAAGUGUGCUGGUGUCUCAUGUUCUCAAGUGAACAGUUUUGAUGUUUAUUACCUAUUGGUCCUUUCUUGUAACUCAGGUUCAGUCAUGAAAUCAAGGGCAUUGUGGGCCAGGAGAGAAAGUGGCCCAGGAGGACCUUCUCUCCUUGUGUACCUGACUCUUCCUUUGGAAGAAGUUCCCUUUCAGGUGGCUUCCAUGUUUGGGGCCCGACCCAUCACUCUGCCAGGGCACCCAGACAUCCUCCAACAGGUCUUUGCUGCUCAAAUAAACCGACAUCUGGUUUGACACACCCCGAGCCUUGUUACCGUCAGUCUGCUCUUGGGAAGUAGAUUCACUCUGCAGAAUGGGCGGUUUCUCAGCCUGCGUGGCCACAGGUCAGAUCCUGGUCAUGGGAGACAGAAGCGGUACCUGCCUCCCUGGGUAGGUGUUUUGUGUGAGCUGCAUCUCCUUCCUUGAUUUCUGUACCCUCCACCCCAGGAGGGGCAUUGGCUCCUUAGAGGUGACUAAAGGGCACCACCAAGACUCAUUCCACAGACUCCUCAGCAGGCAGCAGACCCUAAGGUAGCGGCAGGGAAAGGGGGGACCAGGCUGCUUUAGAUACCCGUUUCUGUUCGUGGGCCUUGGCCCCAGCUGCUGAAGGCACGGUCCUGGCUGCCUCAGCUUUAACGUGUCCCCCAGCCCCCAGCCUGAAGGAGUCAGGCAACUCGGUCCUCCCGUGCUGGAAAAUGUAGCAGCCGGGUCCCCUGGGUUCUCCCUGCCUCAUCCUGUCUGGGGCCCGCAGUGGCGAUGGCUCUCCAGCUUCGGGCUGCAGAAAAGACUCCCUUUAGUCAGUCUGUGGAGAAGAGUGACACCCUUUGGGGCCGGGGGUGCGGAGGCUUUGAAGUAUGAAUGUAGUGACGUCUGGGGUGCGUGUGGGUGGCAGGCAGUCUCGUCCCCCAGGCCGCCCUGGGUCUCUGUAGCCCAGCCUUGGGGCCCAGGCCUGCUUCUCCAUACACUCCGUUCCAUUUGCAUGUUUACCGCUGUGUAGAUGCUGAUAACUUCCAGGUGGCCUGGCGGCCAGCCCUACUUGGGUCCCUCCUGGGCCCUCCAGCCCCGUGUCCACCCGCUGCUGCCUCCGGCCUCUUGGUCCACCGCUCAGCACGGGCGUUCACGUGCACACUUGGGCUCACAGAAAGCCGCCUCCGCCCAGCAAGAUGUGCACAUCCAGACAUGGACCCCCAGACACACGCUGUCACUUCUAAGGACAUUUUCCAGUUGGGCUGUGGUUGCCCAGCGGCCUAGAAAGUCUUUUUCUGAACAGACUCAGAAUCAAGUGAAACAUCACCUGACCUCAAUUUUGAUCCCACCCUUCCUUUGGAUGUCCCUUAGCCUCUGCCUCUUAGCAGCAAACGCCCAUCUUAAGCCCCUGUCACUGCCUACAAGAGGUUAGUUCUGCCUGUAGUGGGAGGUCAGGAAGGCUUUGCCGGUGAGGUGGGGUUCAGGCUGGGCUUUGGGGUCGAGGGUGACAGACGUUUGUCUUCUCCCGCCGCCCGUGGCUGGUUCUCUCUGCACACUCCCAACAUCAGUAUUACCACCACCUUAUCUUUAGCACCACUUCCCCCCUCACUCUGGUUUUAGGCAAAUCUGGAAUGACUUCCAAAUGCAGUUUUUUGGGGUGUCGAGUUUCUCACCUCACUGUGACUUCCCCCAGCCAACCCUGUGGCAGAAAGAUAACCUCAUCUCCCUCUGGGGCCUCGCUCCCCUGGUCCUUGUCAUGAACCCCAGUGACCCUAGCCUAUGCUGCUGGGAGGGAAGGCAGAGAGCUCAAGAGCCCCUCUUCUUCUCAGCCUGCAGCCGGUUCUCCCACUUCUCAAGGCAGAGAGCUGCUUUGUCCUGGGAGCCACUAGGUUAAGUCAAGGCCAGAAUCCAAUGAGACCAUUUUGCCGAAACUCACUAGGGAUCGAUUUUCUAGUCAGGGCAUGGCUAGUGAUCCUCUUUGCGUGUGAAGAUGAUUCUGAUCUGGUCUGCCGUUACAUUGUGCUUCUUUCUAUAGUUUCUAUAGUCACGUUUAUUUUUCACAUUUUCAUUGUAGGAAAAUACCCCAUAAUCUUGCCAUCCAGAGGAUGAGGGCCAUGGGAGGCAAGAUGAAGAAAACAGGUCUACAGCUAAGGCUACUUCUGGAUCGGCUUUAUGGGUCCAUCUGAGCUCAAGCAGGAGAGGAGCCACGGGCAGGGGUUGACGGAGCUGUGGUCACUGGAAUCUCUUGAGAGUCACUGGGGGUCAGGGAGCCCUACUUUGGUGCCAGACAGCUAGUGUGACACAGAGGGGAAAGGGGUCUUCUCCCUCCUUCUGCACAGAACACAGCUUGGCUUUAGUGCUUUGGGGAAUUCAAAGACCACAGAGUCGCUUCUGCGUAGUUAGAGGCGGUAGAGACCAGCAGAAGGUGGGUCAAGGGGCUGCUCUGGAGGCAGUGGUGAGGAGCUCUGCAUGCAGACUGCACCCAGGGUGCCAGGCCAGGAGCACCCUCUACGGACAGCACCCGGUAAGGGCUUGUUCAGGAUCACAUACGAAGUCCCUAACACAACCCCACUCCUUGCAGUUGCCCAGAAAUAGACGGAGGAGGUGAGGCUACCUGGGCUGAAGGUCACGCUAAACCCAUCCGGCGUGUCCUGGUUGGGGGAAGAGAAAACAGUGGUGUUAUCUCAGGGACCUUUCUUGAGCAACUAAUUUCUUAGACAUUUGUGAUUGAUUUUCGUUCCCUGUUAGUGACUAUGGCAUUAAAAUGGAUUAAAUUUUGGCCACUAGGAGGCGCAGAGAUUUAAGGUCCAAGUCUAAAAACACAACAGGCUCUUUUGAUUUUCCAUUUGUGCAUCAACCCCUGCCUUCAUUUUAUUUGGCUUUGUUUUCACUUCCCGAUCCUUUAUUAUUUUCUUCUUCCUGUGAUAUUAUGUACAUCUCUUAA